CCGAAGGCGGUCGCGUGCGACACCCUAAUCGGAUGUCGCGUAUCAAACUUUUCACGAGAUAUCGGGAAAAUAUUACAUGUUUCCAAAGUUGACCACCCCCUUAAUCACUUUUUUGCGUGUGUCAAAUGCAAUUCAAAUAUUGUUUACCGUGUCUUACAUUUAAAUAUUUUUACUUUUACGAUUCACCAAAAAUAAGUUUUAUUAUUCCAUUACAAGAUGAUUACUUUUCUAUGAUAAAACUAUGAUUAUAUGAUCGCAGUUAAGUGCCGUUAUUUAUUUUACAAAGGUUAUAAUACUCAAUUUGAGAUUUACGUAAUCGAUACAUAUAUAUUGGCGCCCACCAUGGGUCUGCGAUAUAUAAAAAUAUGAAAAUAUUGACGUUGUUCGUUGAGAAAGUAAUUAAUUAUUACGAAUGAGAACGAAAUUGUCUAUUGUAAACAUGUACUUUUGUCACUCGACCCUAAUUAAAAGCGGAAAGAUAUUGCUGGCGUUACUUGUUUUGGAUUGGUUGUUGGCGGGCACUACGGAUGCUACAGCUCACGAACCGGGCUUCAGUGGGCCGAUUGCUAAUGUCACCGCUCCCCUUGGACGGGAGGCCAUUCUAGCAUGCACCGUACACAAUUUAUCAACAUAUAAGGUUGCGUGGUUACGCGUGGAUACACAAACCAUUCUAACAAUUCACACACAUGUGAUAUCGAGGAGUCGCAGAGUUGGCGUGACCCACAGCGAUCACAGAGUUUGGUUCUUGCAUAUUAGGGAGCUGAGAGAGACCGAUAGAGGGUGGUACAUGUGUCAGAUCAACACCGACCCAAUGAAGAGUCAACUUGGAUAUUUGGACGUUGUGGUUCCUCCCGAUAUCCUCGAUCGAGGCACAAGUACUGACGUCACGGUACGUGAGGGAGAGUCCAUAAGUCUUACAUGUGCAGCGGUGGGAUCUCCACCACCUCAAAUAGCCUGGCGAAGGGAACACUCCAAGCCUAUAACAGUGUCGGACGGGAUACAAGUGACAUCGUUGGAAGGCCCGGUUUUAAAUAUAAGUCGAGUCAAUAGGCAGCAUGCAGGCGCAUAUUUAUGCAUUGCUUCAAAUGGAGUGCCGCCAACUGUAAGCAAGAGAAUAAUACUCACAGUUCAAUUUCCACCGGUGAUUACUAUAAGAAACCAAUUGGUUGGUGCCGCGUUAGGAACAGAUUUAGUAUUAGAAUGUGAAACAGAAGCAUAUCCUAAGCCAGUCAGUUACUGGAGUAGAGAGAACGGGGAAAUCGUUCCUGUUGGAGGUGGUCUAGAGCCGCAGAAAAUAGACGGCUCAUAUCGCUCAGUACUGCGUUUGGCUAUCCGAAGAAUCACAUCUUCCGAUUACGGUGCAUACAAAUGCGUUUCCAAGAAUUCGCUGGGAGAUACGGAGGGUACCAUCAAAUUAUAUCCGAUGCCUUCGCCCGCCGUGGAAAAUAAAAAUGUAGUUCAGAGGAUGAACAUAAUGGCUGACAAAUCAUCAGAAAGCACUCCAUUCGGUACGCAGGAUUUUAGGCUACAAGAUUACAACGGGGCCGUUUCGAAGGAUCAGCUCUGUUACGGUUUUUUAUUCUCAUUAGUCAUUUUAAUCAAGAUAACAACAUCAUCAAUUUAGGGCUGUUCUCUUUGAAUAACUUACAAAAUAAAUUAACUUUACCUUCCCGUACAAUCGCUUAGUUGAAAAUGUUGCUUUGAUGUUCAUCUCUCUGUAACGAGUGAUAAAUGCCGAUUUUCAAUUGUUUAUUGUCACCUAAUUUUCCAAUCAGCGUCAAUGUUACGCUAUAUAUAAAUUGUUUAUUAUCUUUAUCUUUUGAUAAUCUUGUUGUAGGAAGCGUUGGAAUAUUUUACAUGACUUUUUUUAUAUAUUUUUUAAUAUAAUUUAAAAUGCUAAACAGACUAUCGGCAUACAUAAUAGACAAUGUUAACUGUCGUCUAAAGACAUGAAUAGUACCGAAGAUAUCCCUUCGAUACCCAUGUCAUAAUAUAUGUGUGACAAUUAGGAUUGCAAUUUGCAAUAGUUUUAUGUACCUUACCGGUAAUAAAGUUGUUCCUACGAAAAACAUUGCCAAACCCUAAGUUCCUUUAUAUUAUACUUAACAUGGUAACUAAUUAUUUCUAUGUUAUUUGAUUUUUCAAACAUAAUUAGUACCUUUGAUAAAAGAAUAAAGUACACAUACGUUAUAUUGCACAAAAUAUAUAUUAUAUUUUGUGCAAUAUAACAAAACUACGUGAAGUAUUAUUAUAUAUUUUGAAAUACUGAAUUUGAAAGUUUUUGUAUUUUAAUUCACCAAGACUUCAAAUGUAGUUAUUUUUUUUUUACAUAGUAUUAAUUUUUAAAGAAUAGUAUUAAGUAGUUUACUUCUAAAUUUAGGUAUUUUAGUAACUUUAAAUGUUAUAUAAUUGUGAUUACAUAUCGUAAAAAUGGAUGGAUUAAACUAAAGUAUUAAUAUAAAUUCUUCAUCACUGUCCAUAAUAAUUAAAUAUUUGAUAAAUUUAUUUUUCUGUUCUUGUAUUAAUUAGCACUGUCAUAUUACAUAUUCAUCUCAAAUAAGUAGAUGUUUUUACAUUUCUUAUUUAUUGUAUUUAAUGAGAUUAAGCGAUAUUUAUAACAAUUACACGAUACUCGUAGUGGUCAAUAAAGUUGAUAUAAAUAAAUAGAUAAUGUCGAUGUCGGUUAAUCAAUACUCACAAAGUAUAAAGUAAUGAUACCGCUUCGUUUUCUCAUUGCUGCAAUAAGAAAUAUUCCUCAUCAAUAUAAUUUUUCCAGCAUUUCACUAAGAACAUAUUUUCUUUAUACUAUAGGACAUAAUACAUACAUACAUAUCUCAGUAUAGGUCAAUAAUUAAAAUAUAAACUUUUGCGUAUAGUAUGAAAUAUUUAUGUUACAAUUUUUUUAAUAAAGCCAUAUAAAGAGAAAAAAGAUAAAGAUAAGAAUAUUUCGCAUGUAAUCCAACGCUUCCCGUUAUAAUAUUAGUGUACGUAAUUUUAUCUAAAUUCAGUAUUGAUAAUAAAUAUUUAUUAACUAAUAUUAGUUUAUGAUAAAUAAACAGAUUCUAAAAAUGGAAUACACUAAUUCAAAUAUUAUAUUAAGGUGGUAUUCUCUUUGUUACCUAUUUCUGACACUGCUGUGUUAGAUAUGUUGGUGAAAGUUGGUACUUGAAAGUUAGAUCCCUGAAGUUUUGUUUAUUUAUGCGUCUGCGUUCUCAGUUAAUAAAUAUUAAUAAGAGCAGAAAGUUAUGUUGUGGUUGACAGAUAAUGAAAUAAUUAGAGCAGAGUAGUUUACGAUAGAAUUUCAUAUAACAUGUAUGUAAAUAUUUUCCUUUCUUUAGGCUAUUACUUUAGGUAUUGUAAUUUUAUAAAUGACUGAGAUUGGAAAUGUUUAAAAUAACAAAUAUUUUAAUUUAUACUUGAUAUUAAUUAAAAAUAAAUAUUUAAAAGUUAAAGGUUUAAAAAAUUAUUUUGCAUCAGAUAUUAAUUGAAAUGAUAUGAGGCAUGAAUUCAGAAUAUCUGAAAAUAAAACAUUGUUGUAAUACUUGUAAAUAUGUAAGUAUAUUAUUAUAAGGUAAAUUAUAAUAACAUGUAUUCUGCUACACUGAUAUUUAAAUAAUAUAGUUUACAAUAUUUAUAGAGUAGUAAUUAAUAAUUUGUAAAAUUUAAAUAACUCGGUACUGUAGGUAACAAAAUAUCUAUAUAUAAAAGUACCUACAGAUCGAGAAAAAAGAAAGCCAUGUAUUUUGAAAAUAUUUCGAAUAGCUUAGAUGAUAUACAUUCUAAAAAUAAUUGUAUCACAAUACGGUAUUAGAUACUUCUUACCGUACAAUUAGUAAAAAAUAAUAUUGGUACUGAAAAUUAGACAAUUAUUAGUAAAAAUAUACAAUUAAUUUCAUGUAAUAAAUAAAGUUUAAUUUUAUCAGAUUAAUAUUGAAAAUAAAUUAUUUAUGUAAUAAGUAGAUAUUAUUUAAAUUUAGAUUGCAUUUUUGUAACUUGAUCUGAACCGACAUAUCUACAUUAUAUCAAUUAUAAGACGGAUUUAAAGUAAAUGUAGACAAAUUUAUUGUAGAGACCUACAAUUAUGAGAUCGAAUGAAUUAAAAGUAUUAAUAAAUAUAGACUGAGUUGAAUGAUUAGGCUUGUAAAUAUAAUAAUGCUGUGUAAUGUGUACCUAAGUUAUUUUGUGCUCGUACAAAUUGUGAGAUAUGAUUAAACCUGUUGGAGGCAGUCAAUUACCAAGCGCAUGGCGGGCGAAUAACACGAUUAUAGGCUUAUAUCGCUUUUGUAUUUAUUAAAUUCUUUCGUUUAGCAAAAAAUACAUGUAGAGUACGUUAAGAGUGUUUACAUCGCCUAUAAUGCCUGUAUUGAUAGUCAAAUUUUAAAUAUUAAUUUACCUAUUUCUCGAUAAUAAUUUAAUAAAAAUACCUAUAGCAAACUAAAACGCGUUAAGAUUCUUUUUCAGUCAUUCUUGAAAUUUUGGAAUCUGUAGAAUAAUUUUCUUAACGAAACAUUAACAAAAACUGUCGAAAAAUAAACAUCGUGAGUCAUAUUAUAUUGUAAUUACUUAUGUCGGCUUUACUCACUUUAUAGUCGAUAUAAAUAAUUACAACUGUCGAAAACUCCAAAAUAUUAAUCUGUUUCUAUAUUUUUAGUAACAGAUAUAUUUGCAAAUUAUCAUAUAAUUAAUGUUAUUGGGCAAUAUAAAAUUAAUAUUCAAUUUAAUCAUUUAAAAAUAGAACAUUGUUUGUUUUUAAAAAUUGACUGAUCAUGAAGAUAUUCUUAUAUGUCGGUAUAAACACUCUUAAUAUAAAAAAGAUGAUAAUGAUGUAAUAAGGGGGCAAAAAAUCAUGAGUAACGAAAAACAUUCACAUAUAAACGGCCAUCCAGGGUAAUUAAAGGUUAUAUUUGUUUCAUCCCUUUUCUAAUAAAUUUAGGGCAUUCCUUCAUAUGUAAAUAGUCCUUAUACAGUUUUAAUUAUGGUGGUUUAUUUUAUAGUAUAAUACCAUAAAUACAUGUUCAUUAUUUAUUAGCGAAGGAGAUGGAUACCCAACUGUGACAUGUUUCUGUAGAGCUGGUAAAACUAAUUCAACUUCGUCUGUCAGAAUUCUUAAUCAAAACAACGAGUCUUGACAUUCGUUUGUUGAAGUUAAAUAACUUCACUUCGACAGAAAGAAAAAUACAAUAUCUUUGAAACCUCAUAUAAGUACUAUGUGAAUGUCUUAGUGUCAAAUAUUCAGUUGUACUUGCGGACCACAAUGGCUUUCUAACUAUUAAAUUGAUUUAAUUUCA